GCUGCAGCCGCCGAAGGAGCAGAGCGGGACCACGAGAGGCAGAGAACGUACGCACAACCACCAUGGCCGAGGAAGGAAAGUUAUUCAUCGGCGGCCUCAACUUUGAGACGGACGAGCAGGCGCUGGAGGAGGUGUUCUGCAAGUACGGGCAGAUCUCCGAGGUGCGUGUUAUCAAGGACAGGGACACCCAGACGUCCCGCGGCUUUGGCUUCAUCACCUUCGAGAACCCGGGUGAUGCCCACGAUGCAAUGCAGGCGAUGAACGGCAAGUCUCUGGACGGUCGCCAGAUCCGGGUGGACCACGCUGAGAAGAAGUCGGGAGGCGGCGGUGGCUACGGCGGCGGAGGACGAAGUUAUGGCCGCGGGCGAGGUGGCGGAUUCGGCGCCCGGCAGUAUGACACGAGGGACUACCGCGGUGAUGGCUACUCCCGAGGCCGAGGCAGCUACAGUUAUGGAGGCCGCAGCUCCUACCAGUGACUUGCGUGUGUGUACCCGGCCUGAAACCGAGGCCCACUUCUCUCCCCACCCCCACCCUAUACUUAACACCC